AUGCAGUUUCCGGUCCUGCAACAGAUCGGUGUUGACUGCAUCGAUGAGAGCGAAGUCUUGACCGUCGCAGAUGAGGGCAACCACGUCAACAAGACCAAGUUCAAGGUUCCUUUCGUGUGCGGCUGCCGCAACCUUGGCGAGGCCCUGCGCCGCGUCGCCGAGGGAGCCAGCAUGAUCCGCACGAAGGGCGAGGCCGGCACCGGCGAUGUCGUCGAGGCUGUGAGGCACAUCCGAACGCUGCACAAGGAGAUGCGGAUGGUGCAGAUGAUGGACGAGGACGAGCUCUUCACCUACGCCAAGGAGAUCGGGGCACCCAUUGACCUCGUACAGCACGUCAAGAAGACUGGCAAGCUCCCAGUGGUGAACUUUGCAGCCGGUGGCGUCGCCACGCCGGCGGACGCAGCUCUGUGCAUGCAGCUGGGUGUGGACGGCGUCUUCGUGGGCAGCGGCAUCUUUAAGUCCGAAGAUCCCGCGAAGCGCGCCAAAGCGAUCGUGAAGGCCGUGACGCACUUCAACGACCCACAGGUCAUCGCAGAGGUUUCCGAGGACAUCGGCGAAGCCAUGACCGGCAUCAACUGCGACGGCCUUGCGACCCGCUUCGCAGACAGGGAGGGCGGGAACAUGCCGGCUGCCAAGAAGGCCCGCAUGGAGUCCUACGGCGACCACAAGGGACUGGCAGGCGAAAGUAAUUCGGCAAGAUUCCAGACCAGUCAGCAGACAUCAACUCCUGUCUUAUCCCAAAUCCUCGACACAACACAUUUGCGACUGGGCGCUGGCGAUGCAGAGAUGGCAGAUGAUAAGGUCCGACGACAGCGCAUGUGGACGAGCAUGCAGCAGAGAGGCAUCCGGGCAUUUCUACAGCAGCGCCCGGAGGAUUUCCGGCGCCGGGCCAAAAAGGGGGUACCGGCAGACGUCCGAGCAGAGGUGUGGCAGGCUGUAUUAAACAUCGACGGGCAUGCGAAACCGGGCUUGUACCAGGAGUUACAAAAUUCGGACAAUGAAUGGAUCCAUUUGAUUGAGAUUGAUGUGCCGCGCACAUUUCCAGAGAAUCCUGCCUUUGACGAGGCCCAACAGCGAUGUCUCCUGCGUGUCCUCAAAGCCUACGCCAACCUUUGUGCCGAUGUCGGCUACUGCCAGGGUAUGAACUUCGUGGCGGGCUUGCUGCUUCUGGAAAUCGAAGAGUCCACCUUUUGGAUGUUCUUCUGCCUCAUGGAGUUCGGCCAGCUUAACGGCUUCUACCGUCGAGGGUUUCCGCUCCUCAAAAGGUAUCUGUGGGCCUUCGAUGAGCUCGUUGCCGCUUCUCUUCCAGAGCUUCACGAGCACUUCUGCAAAGAGAACCUCCAGCACUCGGUCUACCUCCAUCAAUGGUUCCUGACUCUCUUCGUUAGCAGCCUGCCGUUGCCCAUGGUACUUGUGCUAUGGGACGCCAUCAUCUGCGGAGGCCUUGAGGAGAUUCUAUCCAUCUCCAUCGCCGUGCUGCAGUUGCUGCAGCAGACACUUCUGGGCAUGAGGUUUGAAGAGGUUGUGAGCUUCUUCCAGACGCUGAAGACCCGCGAGCAGGAAGACUGCGACUUUGAGAGUAUCGGCCGCAUUGCCGUCAUCAGCAGCGGGAGCUUUUGCAUUCCCAACCACGUCGCAGAUGUGCUGCGCAGACCGCUUCCCCUGACGUCCGACCACCUCAUGGAACGUUCCCCGCAGUCACCCACGAAACGCAUGCUGGACUCCGAUGAGGAUAUGACCACAACGGCAAACACAACCACAGUCAAUUCGCCUUGCAGCACGGGUGCCGCCAGCAGUGAGGGCGGCAUGUUACGCGAUUAUUUGCGUCAGAUCAACCAGGGUCUCAGCUGGUGGGUCGAUACCCGGUCUUCAUGGGCUUGA